CUGACCCUCAGCCUUCCCCCAUCCAGGCAAAUUCUGAUGGGACCCUCAAAUAGCUCUGGCAAAACGUUCUGUUUCUUUUGGAUUUGAUGAAUGCUUGUUUCUGUGAAGACAUGUAAUUAUUUCUUCCUUUAUUUUCUUGCUCAAGUUACCAAGAGAAGCAGCUUAAAACUAAAUGCAGUCAUGAUUUAUAAAGCAUGUAUAUUUUGGUUGACAAGACCACGUGGAGGGCCCCAGCAGGAUGACCAGCAGCCACACUGACUGCCAUUUCUGCCUGCAGUCUCUCCGUGGCAGGAAAUACGCACUACGAGAAGAGAAUGCUUACUGUGUUCCGUGCUAUGACAGCCUGUACGCCAACCCCUGCGAAGAGUGCAAGCUACCCAUUGAGUGCAACUCCAAGGAUCUGGCCUACAAAGGCCGCCACUGGCAUGAGGGAUGCUUCAGGUGUGCCAAGUGCAGUCGCUCACUCGUGGAGAAGCCAUUUGCUGCCAAGGAUGAGGUCUUGCUCUGUACUGAGUGCUACUCUGAUGAGUAUUCAUCCAAGUGUUUUCACUGCCAGAAGACCAUUAUGCCCGGUUCACGUAAAAUGGAAUUUAAGGGAAGUUCCUGGCAUGAAUCCUGUUUCGUUUGCCAGUAUUGUCGGCAACCAUUGGGAACAAAACCAUUAAUCACCAAAGACAAUGAGAAUUACUGUGUGCCCUGCUUUGAGAAGCAAUUUGCUCACCAUUGCUACGCUUGCAAAAAGGUUAUAACUUCUGGAGGAGUGACCUACCAUGACCAGUCUUGGCAUAAAGAAUGCUUUGUGUGUGCUGUGUGUAAAACUCAGCUGUCUAGACAAAAAUUCAUUUCCAAAGAUGAGUAUGCAUACUGUGUAGACUGUUUCAGCAAAUUUUACGCCAAGAAGUGUGCUGCUUGUGAGAAACCUAUUACAGCUCUCGGAGGUGCCAAAUACAUCUCAUUUGAGGAACGUCAAUGGCACGGGGAAUGCUUUAACUGCGCAAAAUGCUCGGUCUCCCUGGUGGGCCAGGAGUUCCUCACUCGGCAGGAUGACAUCCUUUGCCACAAAUGUGGCUCUGCUUCAUAGUUCUGCGGAAAGCUGUGCAGGUGCAUUAUUCUCAUUCUGUAACAAUGUAGUUCAUUGGUCUGCUGUAAGAAAACCUGGUAAAAGGGACUACAGUUAUUUAGUAAUUCAAAUAACUUUCCAACAGCAGUUUAAUUCCACCAUAGUUCUGAACUGCUUAUAAACAAAAAAUAAGCAACCAUCCCAUACUGGUUAAUAAAAUGAUGCAGAAAAGAUUUGUAUAUAUUUUAGGCCUAACUGCAGUAUGUUUUCCUUGUAACACACUGCACUCUGCUGUUAGAAGCUUAAAAAUUUAUCUUUUAUCACCUCUGAACCAAGGAGGAUUGUGUAAAGUCUGUUUGGCAUAUGAAUAAUGAUGAGGCAUUAGCACUGAUUCACAGAUGUACAUCUUGGCAUAGAAAACUGAGCACAAGCAUUUUUCUAUUGGAUCAUAACAUUGAAGAGAACGCCUUAUUAAGAUAUUCUUCUAUACUUUGAGCAAAAUAGAUGCUGACAAAGCAGGCAGGAAUUGUGAGUAGGAGAUGCUUUCUCAUUGAGGAACACAGAGUCAGAGAGGCCCAUUCCAAGGGCCAAUUCAAUGGAAAAGGGUCACUUUUCUUCCCUUACUGGGAUUGCUACCCAGCUAAGUCACCCAAAACACUACAGCACAGGUCCUUUCCCAAAAUUAGGUAACUGUACUUAACAUUUUAGGUAUAGCUGCUCUAGAACAUAAACAAACCCAUAUUUUCAGCUACUGCAGGAGGUAAGGAUUGCCCAAAAUUGAAUAGUGCUGACAUAUAUUUUCCCAUAACUAAUAUGCCUUAAGACUGUUUCCGCUGUCUUUGCUAUACCUUCAAAUAUAGGCCUAAAAUAUAUUUUUUUAUUAUUUGACAAAAGAGCCAACUCACACUGGUCCCUUUAACCUUGUACUUUCCAUCAUUAAAUACUGCUUUGCUAGCAAUUGAAGCCAUGUUAAAGACCUUACCUGCUUGGUCUUUGAUUCAUCGUUCAUUCCUCCACUUGUAAAUUCCUGCUUGUGGACAGCAGGCUAUAAACUCUUCAGAACCAAUUCCUGAUUCAUUUCACCAUUAGCCAAAACAUGUGUUUUUUAACAGCAUGUCAAAAACUAUUAAUUGUCAUUGUAAGCCAGGCAGCACUUGCUUGCAGUAAAGGGCCUUCGUUUCUAGGCAGCCAGCCUUUAUAUCUAUCUGCUGAGCUCCAGCACUCAAAUGUCUACUAUUAAAGGUCAUUGAGAGCUGAGUUACAAACAUCACAUCUAUCUUCUUUCUUCUUCCAUAGUGUGUGCUACAGUAGACUGGUUUGUCUAGAGAGACGUUGUGGACAGAGCAGUGAUGUUAGGAAUGGCAGGGUCUGCACUGUCCAGCAGUAUGUCUUUAAGACAUUCUUCUUUAGACUCUGACUUUGAGUGCACAGAGUUAUUGUCUGCAUGGCUAAGCCAGGGCCAAAGCACAGCUUGGAAAAUGACUGACCAAUGAGUACAGAGCAGUCUGUUGUCAGUCAAUAAAAUAUUGACCUUUUGCUUUAUAUGGUGUUAACUUUUGGUUUUCUUCUUUCAUGGUAGUUUUUAUUGCAGUCUAAAGUUUGAUUAUUUUAUGUUUUUUAUUUUAUCCCAGCUGCUUCCUUUUCUAUUUACGCAUCUCCCAGGGCUGACACAGGUCCUUGGUAAGGCUUAGAUUCUCAUAAAUAGAAAUAUGUUUUAUUGCCUUAUAUGUAUAAAUAUAUAU